AUCUGAAUUGAGUGCAGGUCGCUUUAAGACAGGAGUAGCUGUAAUCUGAAGCCUGCUGGAAGCGGGAUUGGGAGGCAACAGAAAAAGCUCCUGUGUUUGCAGGAGCCCCCUCAGUGUGCAGACUAGGCUGGGCACCGAGCUGCAGCGCACCCACAGGCCCCGGGAUGCAGGCCCUCAUGCUACUCCUCUGGACUGGAGCCCUCCUCGGGAGCGGCAGCUGCCAGAACAACGCUGGCAGCCCGGAGGGCUCCCCAGACCACGAGACCACAGCGGGGUCUGUGGAGGAAGAGGAUCCCUUUUUCAAGGUCCCGGUGAACAAGCUGGCAGCGGCCGUCUCCAACUUUGGCUACGACCUGUACCGCGUGAAAUCCAGCACGAGCCCCACGGCCAAUGUGCUCCUGUCUCCACUCAGCGUGGCCACGGCGCUCUCUGCCCUCUCGCUGGGAGCUGAACAGCGGACAGAAUCCAGCAUCCACCGGGCUCUCUACUAUGAUCUGAUCACCAACCCAGACAUCCACGGCACCUACAAGGAGCUCCUGGCCUCCGUCACUGCCCCCCAGAAAAACCUCAAGACUGCUUCCCGGAUCGUCUUUGAGAAGAAGCUGCGGAUAAAAUCCAGCUUUGUCGCACCACUGGAGAAGUCAUAUGGGACCAGGCCCAGAGUCCUGACCGGCAACUCCCGCAUGGACCUUCAGGAGAUUAACAACUGGGUGCAGGCCCAGACGAAAGGGAAAAUCGCUAGGUCCACAAGGGACUUGCCCAGUGAAAUCAGCAUUCUCCUUCUGGGUGUGGCUUACUUCAAGGGGCAGUGGGUAACAAAGUUUGAUCCCAAAAAGACUUCCCUCCAGGAUUUCCACUUGGAUGAGGAGAGGACUGUGAGAGUGCCCAUGAUGUCAGAGCCCACAGCUGUCUUACGCUACGGCUUGGAUUCUGAUCUGAACUGCAAGAUUGCCCAGUUGCCCUUGACUGGAAGCAUGAGUAUCAUCUUCUUCCUGCCCCUGAAAGUGACCCAGAACUUGACCAUGAUAGAAGAGAGCCUCACCUCUGAGUUCGUUCAUGACAUAGACAGAGAACUGAAGACGGUUCAAGCAGUCCUGUCCGUCCCCAAGCUGAAGCUGAGUUAUGAAGGCGAAGUCACUAAGUCCCUGCAGGACAUGAAGCUGCAAUCCUUGUUUGAUUCACCAGACUUCAGCAAGAUCACGGGCAAAUCUAUCAAACUUACUCAAGUGGAACAUCGCGCUGGCUUCGAGUGGAAUGAGGAUGGGGCAGGCACCACCCCUAGCGCAGAGCUCCAGCCUGCUCGCCUCACCUUCCCCCUGGACUAUCACCUUAACCAGCCGUUCAUCUUUGUACUGAGGGACACGGACACGGGGGCCCUUCUCUUCAUAGGCAAAAUUCUGGACCCCAGGGGCACUUAAUGCUCCAGUUUAAUCUUCCAGUUACCCCCCCCCCCAAAAAAAAAAA